GCCAUCUUGUUGUUGAUCCGUACCCAGUGGGCAGCGCCGGGAGCUGGACCGAGCGGCCGGUGUGGGGCCGCUGCUGCGGGGCUCAUCCACCUGCGCUGCCUGCCGGGGGCGGGCCGAAACCUGGAGGCCCGGGGGGCCCAGCUCCCGUGGGGAGCCGUGGGCGCCCGCUGCCCGGGCUGGGCCGGAAAGAAGAAUAAGUGGAACAGACUCUGACUGUUGCUUUCAACUCGCCAGGACCUUCUGCCUAGCUCUCCUUUCGUGGCCCAUGUGCUGCAUCCUCUGCCCUCAGUGUGCAACUGGCCCCCAACGCAAUGUGUGUUUGUCAAACCAUGGAAGUGGGGCAGUAUGGCAAGAAUGCAAGUCGGGCCGGAGACCGGGGUGUCCUCCUGGAGCCCUUCAUCCACCAGGUGGGCGGACACAGCAGCAUGAUGCGCUACGACGACCACACUGUGUGCAAGCCCCUCAUCUCCCGGGAGCAGCGCUUCUAUGAAUCCCUCCCUCCCGAAAUGAAGGAGUUCACCCCUGAGUACAAAGGCGUGGUGUCUGUCUGUUUUGAGGGAGACAGUGAUGGUUACAUCAACUUGGUGGCCUACCCUUAUGUGGAAAGUGAGACUGUGGAGCAGGAUGACACACCAGAGCGGGAGCAACCUCGGCGCAAACAUUCCCGCCGGAGCCUGCACCGGUCAGGCAGUGGCAGUGAGCACAAGGAGGAGAGAGCCAGCCUGUCCCUUGAAACCUCUGAGAGUUCUUUCAGCUCCCAGGAGGCAAAGAGUCCAAAGGUGGAGCUCCACAGCCACUCCGACGUCCCUUUCCAGAUGCUGGAUGGCAACAGCGGUCUGAGCUCUGAGAAGAUCAGCCACAAUCCCUGGAGUCUGCGCUGCCACAAGCAGCAACUGAGCCGCAUGCGCUCCGAGUCCAAGGACCGAAAGCUCUACAAGUUCCUCUUGCUUGAGAACGUAGUGCACCACUUCAAGUACCCCUGUGUGCUGGACCUGAAGAUGGGCACCCGGCAGCAUGGUGAUGAUGCAUCAGCUGAGAAAGCAGCCCGGCAGAUGAGGAAGUGUGAGCAGAGUACGUCAGCUACACUGGGUGUCAGGGUCUGUGGCAUGCAGGUGUACCAGCUGGACACAGGGCAUUACCUCUGCAGGAACAAGUACUAUGGCCGUGGGCUCUCCACUGAAGGCUUCCGCAACGCCCUCUAUCAGUACCUGCACAACGGUCUGGACCUGAGGCGUGACCUUUUUGAGCCCAUCCUGAGCAAACUGCGGGGCCUGAAAGCUGUGCUGGAGCGGCAAGCCUCCUACCGCUUCUACUCCAGCUCCCUGCUGGUCAUCUACGAUGGCAGGGAGUGCCGGGCAGAGUCCUUCCUGGAUCGCCGGGCCGAGAUGCGUCUCAAGCACCUGGAUACAGGGCUCCCUGAGGGGGCGCCGCCCUGUGGCCCUAGCACCAGCCCUAAUAGCACCAGCCCUGAGGCCGGCCCCUCCUCUCCACCCAAGGUGGAUGUCCGCAUGAUCGACUUUGCACACAGCACAUUCAAGGGCUUCCGGGAUGACCCCACCGUGCAUGACGGGCCGGAUCGAGGCUAUGUGUUUGGCCUAGAGAACCUCAUCAGCAUCAUGGAACAGAUGCGGGACGAGAACCAGUAGGCCCAGCCCUGGGCCCCCCAAACCCCUUCCUCUCCACCCGCAGGCAGGGACCAUUGCUCUGACUGAACUUGCCGUGAGGACACACAGACUUGCUUUUAAAGGGUUAUAUUUCUCUUUGGUGUAAACUAAAAGAAAUGUUUUUAGCUGUAGCCUGGAAUCCAUAUAUAUAAAGUGAAGGAGGGCACAACACACAUCCUCUCAGCCAGGCUCCUUUAGCUCUACAGCUCUGACUGCUGUGUCCAGGCUGACUUAGGAAGGAAGAAGUGCCCCUGGUGGAUAGGCUUGGCAGCAGGGACAGGGUGCCCUUAGACAAUGGUUUUUCUUGCCUAGGUCUUUGGGGUCUGUGGCUGUAGGGCCCUGCUGGUUUUAUGGUGAAGCACUGGGCUGGUGCAGUCCCUCCUUUCCCCUGUGUUCACUCAUCUCUUGUUCCUUACUGAUAGAGGAUUGGGUGACCAUCUGUUGGGGGUCUUUCUAAUCUGGUGGUGUGGGCAUCAGCCUGCUCUUUAACAGAUGCACCCAGGGUACCACAGGGCUAAUUGCACAUAGCUGGACCUGUCCUUAUCGGUUCUGAUCUUGGCAUGAGGCUAGAUUCAUGAAGCUGGGCUGAAGUCAACUUAUGGCGGAGGGCAGGCCCUGGGAUCCCCAGGCACUCUUUGGCACUUGAACCUGCUCCUCUUCCUGCCUGCACACCCCAGCCAGCCUUUCUUACCAAGAUCCCUUGCCUGGGGAGGCCACUCCUUGCCCCACUGAAGGGAUCUCUGCUCUAUUUGCCGAGGAGAGUCAAUGUCCCAGCAGGCUUCAAGGCCUCUGGUGGCUCUGGCCUAGACAGUAUUUGCAGUUCUUGUGCUUGGGUGGGAGUCUUCUUCCUCUAGCUUGGGCAGCUGUGCUGCUGCUGGAUGGGCUGCCCUUCUCAGGGCUCAAGGGCUGUGGUCUGCUCAGGGUGUCACCUUUUCCCAGGCUAAGCUCAAAGCAGCAGCCCGUUGUAAGGAGCUUGUGAGGGAGAGCUUUAAACUUGUCUGCUCAGAGGGACAUUGUUUGGGCCUUGGGUGCAGGUGCCCAUAUUCUGCUGAUGAGUUUUGUCUUACCAGCCCUGGGAUCCAUCAGUCUGUCCAUUUGUCCAUCUGUCAGCCCUUGUCUCUUGGGAUCUUUUUCCUGGGCUGUAGCUUUGUUCAUUAGUAAAUAUUGAUUUUCGUCAUGCUUUCCUCAGCAAAGUAUUUCUUCCCCCAUCUCAGAGGUGAGCUUUUGCCCCUGUGCCUGUUGUCAGCAGGUGCUACCUUUUUUACAAAGAACUGGUAGCAAAUGAAUUGCAGGAUGUAUUUCCCUGCUGGUCCAGCACCUUCUCUGUGAGCCUGGUGUGUAGCCCUGCUCAGUGCUGACAAUGGUACAGUGAAGGCCCAAGGGGUGACCUUUCUGUGACCUGGCACAGAGACCAGGAGGUAACACUGCACUCACUUAGCAACAUUGCCAAGGUUAGUGCCCUCACCUCUGAGCCUAGGGCCACUGUCAUUGUCACUUUUGGCAUGUCCUUGUUUGGGCAUUAAAGGUAAGCAUGCUGCCUGCAUAUGAGAGGCCUUAACUGGUGGACUACUUCCCUAGUCCUUAGAGAUGCAGACUCACACAUUUUAAAUGGGCUCCUGGAUGGAUCCCUGCCCCGCCUCUGUCUUGGUCCUCUGAUCCUGGUGCCAGUGGUGGGCAGGUUCCCAUUCCUUGGGGCACAGAGAGGGACAGCUUGCCUGGUUCUGGUUAGUAACGACCAUCUUUCCUGUACCAUUCUGUGGCUUCAGCCAUAGGGGUAUUAGCUCUUCAUUAGUGUAGACUGUCAUUUCCUGGCAGGGCAGAGGCUAAGACAGAGUUCGGGGCCACUUGGGACCCCCUUUAGUUGAACCUCUCCAGCCUGGGGAUGUGCUGUGCCUCCUGAGUUCCUAUAUUUUGGGAGCAGAUGCUGCCCCGUUCUGCUCUUCAUAGUGAGAGAGGCUAUACCAACUAUCUUCAGUGUUUUCCUGGCACUAAAAAGAGCAGAAGGGCCUGGGAUUUGCUGCUGUUCCAUCAGGGUAGGACCCCUCUUUUCAGCACUUUUGACUCUUGGGAGACCCAGCUCUGUUAUCUGGUGGGUGGUGGGCAUGUGUGUACACCCAUCCUCUCCGCCUCUACUCUUUCUCCCUGUUCCUUGCCAGAGAGCUCUGUCCCCGCCAGGCCCUGCCUUCCCAAAACCCCAACUUGGGACCAAAGUGCAACGCGGGAUCACGGGUUGGGGUGCUCAAGUGACCCCUCUCUAUAGUGCUUCCCUGGGCCAAGUCAACACCAGCCCCCUGGGCUAGGGGGGGUGGGACCGGCGGUGCUUAACGAGGAAGGGGACCAGUGUGGCAACUUGCCAGGGACCCCACCCCUCCCUCACAUUGGGGCCUGUGCACUGGGUGUGGGGGUUUCCCCAGGGGCCAAAGGCCUGGGCUAGUUCUGUAGCCGCUGCUCACUCCGCGCACAUCUUGCCACGUGCACGCCCCCUAGAUAGAUUGCUUGGAACUUUAAAGCUGUUUAAUUUGGUUUAGUUUUUGCCGAUUUAAAGAAAUGUUUUAAUGAGGAAAAAAAAUUGGGAGCACCCUGGGAAGGACCUGGUUCCUCUACUUCUCGGGAAACUGUGAGGCCUCGCCUCUAGGAAUCGCUCUCUGCUCUACUUUCCUGGAAGCUGCCUAAACGUGCCCACGCGGCCCGAGGCCUGCGCCCCUUCCACUCUGCGGCCCGGGCUGGGCCAGCUGCGUCUCUUCGGGACCGUGCGUGCGGGGGACGGGUGCUCGGGCCUUGGGCCGGGCCGCCCCUUUCUGUACACCUAGCGCUGCCCGCCCCGCUUGUGUCUGAGGUUGUGUAUGUCAAAAAUAAAGCCGCAGAAACUGA